GGGAUGACCCUUGACGGGUAGGCAGGUCCUGGCUCUCACCAUUCUCGGCGAUGCUAAACCGCUCGACGCUCUUUCUGCGCGAUCCGGGUCCCUGCAUGCAAGCCUCAUCAGCCGCCACCAUGGUGAUCGCCAGGCACGGGGGAGAGAAGGGGGGGGGACGCCAAGAAGCCAUGCGGGCGCUACGUCGGGCUUUGCCGACCCCCAACAAAUGCGUGUGCGCCUGUCGUCAUCACCAGGAGGACAUGGCGCCGGGGGUGAUUGAUUCCAAACGUAACCGCGAACGUAUGACCAUCGCCAAGCGAGGCGUCGACGACGUCUUUUGAUCUCGCAAUUGACAGAUUCGAUGCAAACGGAGCAUCGAGGGCAGAGUCUGGAACUUUCUUUGCUUGCAAGUCGAACGGAGCUCGUGCGAGCGAGCAGUUGGUUCAUGUUGGCGCCGGGGCGUUGGCAAGGCCGUCGGUUGGUUGGGCGUUGCAGCAGCAGCAGUACGUACUCCCGAAGAAAAACCCACGAUGAGAUCAUGGAUCAGGAAGGAGAGGUGCCGGCCCCCCAUGUGUUACUGAGACAGACUACGUACUUGGUAUAUGUACUACCAGUAACGUAUUACGUAGGUUUAGUACCUACCUCUCUUGCUCUCAUGGCCCGAAAGUACAUGCAUUGAGUAAACAAGGCAGGUACGUACAAAGUAGCUACAGCUGGCUCCUUCCAACGCCCAGACCAACUUCAAACCUGCAAUCACGCAUCAUACCUUCUCUUGCUCCUCCUACCCGACCGCCGAAUCGAAGCUCGCUCACAAAAUACACAGGCGACAACACAACACUCGCCAUCCAUCAUGAGUUCUACACUCGGCCUCGACGCCUCCAAGAACGUCUCCCUGUUCACGAUCCCCAUCGUCUUCAUCGCGACGUGCCUCGCGCCGCACGCCUACGCCAUCUCCUCGGCCGGCAAGACGUACGACAUUAGCAACCCGCGCUUCUUUCUGCCAAACGUGGCCAAGGACGAGUCGCUCGACAAGACGCUGAGGCAGCGCAUCAUCCGCGCCGAGGGCGCCUCGCAAAACGGCUUCGAGAACCUCGGCCUCUUUGCCAGCGGCGUUGUCGCCGCAAACGUCGCUGGCGUCGCCGCCCCCGAGAUCAGCGCCCUCUCCGUCGGCUACCUCGUCGCCCGCCUCGCCUACGUCGUGGCCUACGUCCACCUCGGCGCCAAUCGCAGGCUCGCGCCCGUUCGCUCCCUCGUCUACAUGGCCUCGACCGGCCUCUUGCUGGCCAUCUGGGUCCGCGCCGGCCUCAAGCUGAUGCUGCAGGGAUGAGGGAACGGUCUUCCCCUGCCCUGCGGGCUUGCUCGCUCGC